ACGUCCCCUCCCUCAAUCAGUUCGUGUUUUGUUCAUCAAUAAUAACAACGUCGAGAAUUGUCAACGGUUCCGUCUUGUCUGCAAGGAUGGCAGCAGACACCCCAGUAGAGAUGACUGUCCGCUGGAGUGGAAACGAGUAUAAACUGACCGAUCUGACGAGUUCGAACACUGUCGCAGAUCUAAAGUCCAAAAUACAGAACUUGACCGGAGUUCUUCCUCACAGACAGAAGCUGUUAGGCCUGCAGUAUAAUGGUCGACCUCCAGAGGAUGACAUUCAACUUGGAACCUUAAAACUCAAACCUAAUCUCAAAAUAAUGAUGAUGGGUUCCAGAGAAGACGUUUUGGCUGAAAUGCAAGAACCACCUAAAAAUUUAUCAAAUUUAGUCAAUGAUUUUGAGAUGGAAGAUGAAGAGAUUUCUAUUGAAAAUAGGGAAGAGCACCUUGCUAAAAUUGAAAAGCGUGUCAGAGAUUAUAAUGUGACCGUUUUAAACCCACCCAGAGAUGGGAAAAAGCUGUUGGUGUUGGAUAUUGAUUAUACUCUGUUUGAUCACAAGUCAGUUGCAGAACGAGCAGAAGAACUGAUGCGACCAUUUCUUCACGAAUUCCUCACAGCUGCCUAUGAAGAUUACGACAUUGUUAUAUGGUCGGCGACCACGAUGAAAUGGAUUGAGAUUAAGAUGAAAGAACUCGGGGUAACUAGUCAUGUAAACUACAGGAUAACCUUCAUGCUCGACUAUAUGGCUAUGAUUAGCGUACACACUCCAAAAUAUGGAGUUGUCAAGGUCAAGCCUUUGGGUGUCAUUUGGGGAAAAUUCAGCCACUGGUCAGCAAAGAAUACUAUCAUGUUCGAUGAUGUCCGACGUAACUUCCUGAUGAAUCCACAGAGUGGUUUAAAAAUCCGACCUUUCAAGUCAGCUCAUGUGAACCGUAGCACUGACCGAGAACUUCUGGAGCUCUCAAAAUAUCUUAAGGUCAUUGCACCACUUGAAGACUUCGGCCAUCUGAAACAUUCACACUGGGAAAGAUACAAAUCAAAAAGAAAGUACAAUGACAUAGCCUCGACAUCAUCAAGGUCUUCAAGCGGCAGAGAAUCUCGUCAUUCUAAAGAUGGAAACGAUCAUACACCCUCACACCGAAAUCAGGAAGGAUAAAUUUUUUUCUUUUAAUGAGUACCAUUUAUUUUAAUUAUAUAUAUUUUUUUCUCAACCUCCUGUCUCUUGCAAUUGUUUAAUAAAAUAUAACCAAUUUUUUUGGUUAAAACUGGAAAAAGGUAAACCAUGUGAAAACUGUCAUGGUUUAAUAUAAUAUAAAAUAGAAAAAAAGAUGAUGA